UUUAUAUAUCUCUUAUCCCAUUGUAAAUUUGGUCAUUCAAACAAUGGCUGGUCUCUUCUUGCUUUUGAGUUUGAUACUGAUUUUAUCUUUUCAUACCAUCCAUGGCUUCAAAGGGAGUUGGCACAAGGCUCAUGCCACUUUUUACGGUGGUGAAGACGCUUCUGGCACAAUGGGUGGUGCAUGUGGCUAUGGCAACCUUUACAGUGAUGGAUAUGGCAUAAACACUGCGGCAUUGAGCACAGCUCUCUUCAACAAUGGGCUAAGUUGCGGCGCCUGCUACCAGCUGCGAUGUGUUGAUGACCCAAAAUGGUGUCUUCGUGGCAUCAUCACUAUCACAGCCACUAACUAUUGCCCGCCAAAUUACGAGCUGGCUAAUGAUAAUGGCGGAUGGUGCAACCCGCCGUUACGCCAUUUUGAUUUGUCGCAGCCGGCUUUCUUAAAGAUUGCUAAGUACCGUGCUGGAAUUGUCCCGGUUGCUUACAGAAGGGUACCAUGUCUAAAGAAAGGAGGAAUGAGAUUUACCAUUAAUGGUCAUUCUUACUUUAACUUGGUUUUGAUAACCAACGUCGGCGGUGCAGGGGAUGUCCAUGCAGUCUCCAUCAAAGGGUCGAAAACAGGAUGGCAAACGAUGACCAGGAACUGGGGUCAAAACUGGCAAAGCAACUCUUAUCUUAACGGACAAAGUCUUUCUUUUAAGAUAACAGCCAGUGAUGGACGAGUCGUAACUAGCUAUAACGUCGCACCUGCUGGUUGGCAGUUCGGACAAACAUUUCAAGGUGGCCAGUUUGAAGAGAAAUGAACAAACAAAUACGGAUUUCCCACUAAGGAAAUGAUAUAAGGAGGGAGUUAUGUGUUUAUAGUGAGGUUUCGAAAAGAUCAACCUCGGUUUAUAUAUGUUACUUCACAUUGCAAGCUUUGUAUGCUAAGAAAAUGUGUUCAAAUAAUUGGAAGAAAUAUUAUGUCAAA